AUGCCUUUCGAAGGUCUUGCCCGAUCCAUCUCCCAAGAACACGAGGCCGCGGCCCAACUCGAGCGAAGAACUUCGGCAAAACCGUCUUCGCGAGCCCGUACGGGGACCCUGACACGACCCGCCGUGGUCGCAGAAGGCCACGAUUCGACAGAUAGUGGCGAUGGUGGCGAUGGUUCGACCCUGAACGGACACAAAUCUGAUCUCGAAUCCGGACAGAAGAAGAAGGACGACUCCGAGAAGCAGCCCUUGCCGCCACCUUCGCACGACGACGACGAUGAGGACGAAUUCCUCGUGACGCUCAAGGGGCGCGAGCACCUGAAUCCCCACACUUGGAGCGAGGUGUACCGGUGGUGCAUCACCGCAUUUGCCGGUCUCUUGGUCUUGAAUGCCAGUGAGUCGGGCGUUUCUGAUCUCGCUCUUUCGACUUUUCCUCCUUUGCGACAGAGACAGCUCGACUCUCGCGGCGGUGCAGAGACUUGAACCACGUGCGGAGGCCGAGGAGGCCAGCGCGCGGAAACGCGAUGACCGAACGGAUAAGAUCCGCGCUGACACAAAAUUGUUCUCUGCCAUAAUUCGCUGCUGCAGCUUUCGCUUCGUCGGCUCCUUCGAAUUUGAUUCCUUCGAUCAUCACCCACUACGGGGUUUCUAAAGAAGUUGGCAUUCUGCUCAUCUCAAGUGUGUGAUUUUACCUUUUUGCCACGAAGUUGCCAGCGCGGAAGCCAUUUGGGCCUCCGGCGAGGGGCGUGGAUGUUCGCUUCCGGUACCGUCGCUUGAGCCCUUUCUUCGAUGUCUGAUUCACGCGUUUUCUUCCUGCAGUCUUUGUCGCCGGAUACUGCGUCGGCCCUCUAGGUGAGUCGCGUGCUCCUGCGCUUUUGAGCUCCUGGCAAAAAUCCAUCUGACGUAUCACAAUCGCCGCUCGCGCAACAGUCUGGGGUCCGCUUUCUGAGCGAUAUGGGCGAAAGCUGGUCAUGAUCGUCGCUUGGGUCCCUUACAUCUGCUUCCAAGUGGGCUGCGCCUUGUCGCCUAAUAUUGGAUCGCUUAUCAUCUUCCGGUUCCUCGGUGGUUGCUUUGCCGCCGCUCCCUUGACGAACUCGUGAGUAGGCGCUGUCUUGCGGUCUACAGGACAGGAGCUGGGCCACAAUAUUGAUUGAAAACUGUGUUUCAUCAUCUCUACGCAGUGGUGGCGUCAUUGCCGACUUGUGGGGACCCGAUCAACGUGGCGAUGCUAUGGCCAUCUUUUCUUUCAUGCCCUUCGCCGGUCCGGCGCUCGCUCCCAUCAUUUCGGGCUACAUGGAAGUGACGCGCACCAACUUCCGAUGGAUCUUUUGGGUCCUCACCAUCUUUGGUGGCGUCUGCCUCGGCGGUAUCCUCUUCUUCCUGCCCGAGACGUACGUCCCUUACCUUUUGCACAACGAAGCGAAGCGCCUGCGCAAGGAGACCGGCGACGAGCGAUGGCACGCACCCAUGGACAACAAGCAAGAGACGACCAAGGAGGUCAUCAACCGAACCAUUCUCAAGCCAUUCAGGAUGGCUGGUGAGUUGGCGCGAGUUUGCUAUUGUUGAUGUCCACCCGCUGAUAUGGCACUGCGUCCCACAGGCCAAGAGCCCAUGCUUUUGUUGCUCACUCUCUACAUGAGUCUGGUCUACGGUGUCAUCUACUUGAUGUUCGAAGGUCAGUUGGCGUCAUGCGAUUGAAGAAAAUUCGGUCCGGAUGCUGAUGCUCAUCCCCGUCUCGCUUUAUCAUGUAAUAGCCGUCCCCAUCAUUUUCCAAGUGAGUUUAAGUGGUAUCUGAGACAUUGCUAACAAGUGCACGAGUUGAUUAUUUUCCCUGUCCCAUCAUCAGGGCAAUCACGGCUUGAACGCUGGCGAGAGCGGUCUUAUCUUCCUCGCACUUCUCGCAGGCUGUGUCAUCGGCGUCUUGACCUACAUCUUCUACUUCAACAUUAAGUACAAGCAAUACCACCACUCGCUUGAGGGCAAGCCAGUUCCUGUGAGUCCUUCAAGCCACAUUGUAUGUGCCAUGCAGUCGAGGCUGACCGCUCUCAUCACACCCUUGUCUCGCCAGCCUGAGUACCGCCUAGUGCCCCUCAUGUGCGCCGCGCCCUUCUUCGCCGUGUCCUUCUUCUGGCUCGGAUGGACUGCGUACCCUAGCAUCAACAUCGCCUCUCCGAUCCUCGCCAUCGUCCUCCUCGGCUGUACCGUGCUCUUCAUCUUCCUGAGCAUUUUCAACUACCUGAUCGACGUCUACCUGAUGAACGCUGCCUCCGCACUUUCUUUCAACACCGUCUGUCGAUCUUCCUUCGGUGCUUCUUUCCCCCUCUUCGCGGGCCGUCAGUCGUUUUUCUCAAUCCUAUAUGUGUUGUAUCUGGCUCGCACGACUGACGGCGUUCUUUUAUUGCUGACCUUAGAGAUGUUCCGAAAACUCAGUAUUCCGGGCGCUUCGAGCUUGCUCGGAGGUUUGGCUAUCGUGUUCAUUCCGGCACCAUUCCUCCUUUACAAAUACGGGAAGAAGAUUCGUUCGAUGAGCAAGAACGCUGUGGUGCGACCAAACGAAGACUGA